AGACUUUGGGAGAAGAGGACUGUGGUUUGAGGGAGAUUGACUCAGUUUCUGCACUACGGGAGCAAUCGGUCAGCAAGGUUACAGUGGUAGUUCAGGAGGAUGGGAGUGAUCCAACACAGGCAGAAGCAACCAGACCCCCCGACUCUGAACUGCACGAUCUGGCGCUAUAUUGUGAUGAAGACCUGCUGAUGAGACAUGAAGAUGGUUCAUUGCCACAGGUGAUUGACACCUGUAGCUUGCCCAGUGACCUGGGCCUUCCGGUUAUAAUUGAUAAUGGCAGUGGGCUGAUAAAAGCCGGACUCUCAGGAAAUCAUUCUCCAGCUUUCGUUUUCCCAAGUGUGGUUGGAAGGCCAAAGAACACAUCAAUGAAUAUCUUUGGAUCAUCUGGAAGAGAAACGUACGUCGGAGAGGAAGCCCAAAGGAAACGCAGCAUUCUUCAAUUGAUUUAUCCAAUUCAGAAUGGACUGAUCACACAUUGGACAGAAAUGGAAGUCCUCUGGGGGCACACGUUUGAAAACGAACUGCGUCUUGACGUUGAGAACCAUCCAGUUGUUAUGACGGAGCCAGCGAACAACCCCCAGAAGAACAGGGAGAAAACAACUGAGAUUCUUUUUGAAGCAUUUCAAGUUCCGUCUCUACUUUUGGGGAUCCAGGCAGUGCUGGCUUUACACUCCACCGGCAGAGUUUCUGGGACAGUCAUUGAUUCAGGAUCUGCUGUGACACAUGUGGUGCCUAUUUUUGAAGGAGGUGCUUUGAACAACGUCGCCCAGCGCGUGUCCCUGGGAGGAGAGGACCUGACGGAACACUUGAUGAGAUCCUUGGCUGAAAACAACAGCUGGUCUUUCACUUCCAAAGCUGGCCUAGAUAUUAUCAGAAAUAUCAAGGAGAAAUUUUGCUACGUGGCCCUGGAUUUUGAAACAGAGCUCCAGAACUUCAAGAAUAAUCCAGAUGCAAUAAAGGAAGAAUAUGAGCUUCCAGACGGGCAAAAUAUGAUCAUCACAAACCAGAAAUUCAGCUGUCCUGAAGUCAUGUUCAAGCCAUUUUUAAUAGGCAAGGACAUUCAGAACUUGCCUUCAUUGGCACAUUCUGUGAUUGAGCGUUGUAAAGAAGAUAUCUGCGAUGACAUGUACGCCAACAUUGUCCUAGCUGGUGGUAAUACAAUGUUCAGAAACAUGGGAGAGAGAAUUCAACAGGAAAUAUCAGACCUUGUAAAACCAGGAAAGAAGGUGAAGGUUCUUGCACCUUCCAACAGGAAGUACCUUUCAUGGAAAGGAGCAUCCAUUUUAGCAGGUCUCUCCACUUUCCACCACAUGUGUAUAGCACGCCAAGAUUUUGAAGAGUAUGGAGCAACUGCUUUGUACAGGAAAUUAGUUUAGCAACAGAUGAAAAUGCAAAUCCCCAAAUCUGUUGUAAACAAGUUAUUCACCUGUUUAUUUUUGCUGUGCCAGCACAGCCAGCAUUUAAUACUAUUACACAUCUUUAGAUUGGCAACAGCAAAUGUCACUGGAACUAUUCAACAUCUCACUGGCUGAGAUUUGGCCAGCAGCUAGUUCAGAGUUGUAUCAUAUUUAUAACUUGGGAUCAGCUGUAUCAUUAACAGCUCAGGUAUUUUAACUCGACCGCCAGUGCUGGAGCCUGCAUUUAGACCAGUGCACAAUUUAAAAUCCCAUUCUACCUCUAACUUUAUACCAAGCUCUAACUUAUACAGGCUCCUACACUUAUUUGUAGACUAUUGAAAGUAUAUUCAUGAGAUAUAGGAAUGAACAACAUUCAAAAUUAAACAAAGGGACUCCUUCCCAGACUCCCACCUAUUUCUUCUCUGACCUGAAAUGUUACCUAUACAUGGUCUCCAGCGGUGCCAUCUGAUUUGCUGUGUUACUCCAGCACUUUGUGUCCUUUUGUGUAUUAACCAGCAUCUGCAGUUCCUUAUUUCUACAUUCAAAAUGAAACCACCGGAAUACUACCUUUUCCCCUCACAAUUUGAGACAUCUUAGAAGUUUAACAGUUUAUGACUGUUCUGUACUAGGUAUUUGUAACUAUAGACACUCCAAAUCUCAGGACCAUAAACAUAUCUGUCUCUGUUCAAACUUAUACAUAGAAACAUAGAAAAUAGGUGUAGGAGGCCAUUCGGCCCUUCGAGCCAGCACCGCCAUUCAUUGUGAUCAUGGCUGAUCGUCCCCAAUCAAUAACCCGUGCCUGCCUUCUCCCUUGAUUAUAGAAACAUACAAUUCUGUACACAAACUGAAAACUUACCUCCAAAUCAAUGUGUAAUUGUGUGGCUUUUUGAUGGAGGAGGGUUACUCAAAUUACUGACCAGCAGAAAUGGACUAGUAAUGGGAGUUUAAAGUCUUAGUUUUCUAACAUGCAGUAUUUACAGCUAACAGAGUUCAGAGUAAAUUUUGUUUCCACAGGUAUGUGGCUAACAUAGAAUCUUAAUCUGAGCUAAUGGCAAUAGCAAGAAAACUAGUUUGGAACAAGACAUUGUGAUAAAUUAAUAUAGAGCAAAUCUGAGGAAUUUAUAUUAACAGGUUUCAGAAUGCUUUAGUAACUGAGACCAAGCAGGUGCUAUUACCAUUCCCUGCAAAGCUUCAGAAUAAUUGAGUAUAUUUCCAGAGUCUGUAACUAGAAACUGAUGUUGAGUGAAUUAUGACAGAUCAGGAUGUUUAGGCCACAGGCUUGUAAUUGAAGUGGAAAACUGGCAUCCAUAUCUAUUCAAAUUUCAAUU